GGGAAAAUCGACCGGCUCUGCAGAAUUAAAAUGAACGAACGCAUGAUUUAAAACAGCAAGGUCCUGAGAAAAAUGGGGUUUCCAACUUGUGAAGGAGCUCACUGUGAGGUUGAUAUAUCUUAGAAUGAGUGAAGAGUUUUAAACAAGAUACAUGUAGUGAAAGGUUUUACUCAUCAAGGACAAUAUUUUACUUACUCAUUCGAAUCAUGGAAACAUGCACUGAUGACGCAAAGCAUUCGUUCAUGGAAGCAUACACCAACAACGCAAAGCUCUGAAAGUUGAUGAAGUGGUUUUGAAGUCUUUUGUUGUUCUAGCUGUAAGACUCGGCCAUGAUGUCAUUCUCUUCGGGCAACGCAAGACUGUUGAAAGCCUGCUUAUGCCAUAGACUCAGUCAGUCACAAAGUAACGUUUCCUGUUCUGCUAGGACUGAAAUCCUGCGGUCACAUUUAAGAAAAUGUGCAGUCCCAGUUGUUGUUUUAUCGCAAAGAAACUACUCAACACUAAAAUGUGACAAUCUUCACAACAACACUCUAAGUUUAUGCAAAGUUAAAGUUUGCCAACACGCAAAGACUUCUUCCAGCCCAUCUGUGCCAAAGGUCUCUCACCAUAGUACCUUCUGUAGCUCAUUGAAGGACCAAGACAAACUGAAAUGUCGUCCCGAACUAUCAGAGAGACGUUUCUAUGGUGUAAGGUGGACGAGUAGUCAAUCUGCUCUCGCCCUGCCUCCAGCUGAGAGCUUGGAGAAAAUGAAAGACAGAUAUAAGUGUCUUGGGAGAAAGAAGAUUCGGUUUGUACUUCAUCCUGAUCUUGCGGAGCUGAUGGUUGAUAAGGUGUUCCCUGAUGGAAGCCUGGAAGAGGAGAAGGCCCUGAUUAUUGAGACCAGUCCGGGACCAGGCAUUCUAACGAGGCAGCUCCUAAACUCUGGUGCCCAGAGACUGUUAGCAAUGGAGCGUGAGAAGGUCUUCUUACCUACUCUAGGGAAAGUAGCCUCUCUAUCCGAUGGUAGACUUAAACCAAUGCAUGCUGACUUCUUCUCAAUGCAUUACCACGGUACCAGUGUCAUCAAGCCACCGAUUGUUCGAACUCCUCAGGUCUUUGAGGGAAUUGAACCAGUACCAUGGGAAGCAGACAUACCCAUCAAAGUCAUUGGCAGCAUACCUUACAAGAAAGAAAGGACCCACGCUUACAUCAUUACGAGCCAGUUGUUGGAGAGAUUGGCCUCAUUCAAGUAUGGUCGAGUUGAAUUCAACAUCUUCAUGUCGGAGGCUUGUUACGAUGUGAUGUCUCAACCAGCAGGAAACAUGUUCAAGUAUCGAGCCCUGUCGGCAUUGAUGCAGCUCAGCUGUUAUAUUCAACUUCUACACAAGGAGCCACUCACUUCUUUCAAUCCAUAUUUUAGCGGAGAACAAAAUAAUUCCACUUCAAAUACAAAGGACCAGACUCUUUGCCUAGUAAGGAUCACUCCUAAGCGUGAUCUGUUCAUCAACCAUCAUCUGUCUCAGCAGCAGGCGUUUAUCUUCGUCUACUUUGUCCGACAGUUACUUGUCAAGAGGAAACAACACCUUGCCAAGAUAAUAGAAUCUUGGGCUCCAGGCCAUGCAGAUAUUAUCCACCAGUUUGGCUACACUGAUAAGACGCGGACGGGCGACGUUCAGCCGUCCGACCUUCUAAGAAUCUACACCUCGAUCUGUCAGUUAGAGAGCUUCAACGGUUCCUGGAUGGGAGAAGACGUGAUUGAGUACGCCUCCAGGGCACUAGAACUUGACGAGGAAGACAUCAUCGAAAAUAUUAUGAGUCAGGGCAUCCAGAACUAAGGGCCAGAGUCACAGGUGUACGCAAAACCAACAAAGUAUUUGGCACCUUUGACUUUUGAGUGAGGAUGAUGCAAGAAUGUGCAAGAGAGACUUGGGACAAGGAACUGCCAUUAAUUCAUGAGGCAGGGUUAAGUUUCCUGUUGAUAAAAACUUCCUCUUACACAACAACACUUUGGGUCAUAUCACAUGAGGCACUGGGAUGUAUAGGCUACCAGUUCUAAGCCUCCUCAAUAAAGAGACGGCCAUUCACUUGUUUAAUUAUUCACAUUUACGGCGAAGAACUAAAUGUUACACUGUUCCUUCUUGAAGGCAUUCUCAUAACACUCUCUGUCAUGUGAUUGGAGGAUUGUAGGUCACAUGUCAACCAUCUCUGUCAAGUGAUUGGAGGAUUGUAGAUCACAUGGCAUUCAUCAGUUUAGCCAGUGCAUAGCCUACAUCACAAACCACGUAGUUUGGAACUAAUCACGAAGUGACUACUGCACACCAAGACACCCUCAGUGGUGAUGUCAGAAUACAAUCUUGUGUACUUUAUUUAUUCUGGUAGUUUUAUCCACCAAUCAAGUGACUAAAAUCUACUUGGAUGUUAUUAUGAGUGUUUUGCAUUUUUUUCUUUUUGCACUCUCCACCAAUAGGAAUAGGGAAACUGUCUGAGGUAUUUAUGAAUACUAAUUAAUGGUUCAUCAGAUCAUGGCAUUACCUGCAGUUCUGUUGUCCAGUGUUCCCAUACAGCAUAUCUUUGAGUCUCUAUCGUACACUCGUUCCCCCCUGCCGUGUCCGCAGCAGUCGAGUGUAGGGGAACUCACAUGGUCUAUGAUCUCAUCAUUACAGCAACUUUGACUCGCAGAGUCGUAGAGCGACUGGCCACCUGUAACAUUAAGAAACAACUAAUAAACCACAAGGAAAAAACUGACUGGGUACAUUUUAAAUGAUUUGGGGGUUAAACAAAGAACAAAUUGACUAGAGUGGGAUUGACACCAACAUCCUCCGGAUUAACGAUGUUCCCUUUGAACACAGAUGAGACUGCUGACAUAGGGCUACAUAGCUCAGCACGUUGAGUGCCUGCCGGAGGUCAUUGGACCUAAAUCAUUAGGUAACAACAGUUGGAUAAUAUUCAGUAGCUUUGACACAGAUUAAAUUAAUUCCCUUUCCUCUACGUUUCAAUAAACACGCCAACUGUGAACAUUUCUUCAAAUUAGAGCGCACAAAAUUGCUACAAUUUAAACACCAGUUUGGAAAGUUUAAAAACUUAUUUCUUGUCAAUAACAUUGGUACAUUAAAGAUGGAAAUAUAAUGGACAGGCAUGAACUUGUAUCAACUUUAUAAUCAGUCUGCUUUUAUACUGAAUAGUCAUUGGGUUUUUUUACCUGUAACCAGAUUUUCAUUUCUUGGGAGAAUUUUUCACUUUGAGUUUAAUUUGUACAAAGCAUGCAGCGUCCUUUGGUUUCAUUAGAGAAUAUGAAAUGCAUUUGUUUUUAGUACAAGUCAGCUUUCCACAUUCCGUGCCCACCGAACAAUCUGUGCUUAUCAGGCAAUGUUUGCAAGUUGUAUUUCUCAAAAAUUAUAUCAACAAAAAUGAUGAUCUCAUACUUAGCUUGUCCUCAAAUUAAAUUCUGUAACAUUUCUAUUAAUUUUAAUGUAGACUUAUGUUCAAUAUUCUUUUGAAUGUUAAUAAAUUGUACAAAAAAAAUGAUAUAAAAAUGGACAUGGUGUGGUAUGGACAUUUGUGAUUUCCUUGAAGUGUCAUAUGGGAUCUUGUCCCCUGAUGUGUGAACCCCCACCCUUCUGCCCCUCCAUAUGGUUAAAUUAACAUGGGCUAAAGAAAGUAGAUGAAAAAGAGGGUGCCAUCAAACCAAAUGUCU